ACAUACUUCUAUAAAGGAUAUUAAAACUUAUCCAAAGUGUGAUCUUGCCUGUUGGUUUGGAAAACUGAAAAGUGACUCCUAAAUUAUAUAUUUGUUUAAACAAGGGCUGAAUUGUGCUGUGCUUAUUUGUUUUGCCCUAAUAUUGUUAUAUUGUAAUUAAUUAUUUUUGAUCAUAACAAAAAAUAACCUUUUCAACACCUCUUUUGCCAUGGUUUUCUAAAUGGUGUCUAGUAUUUUUUUAGUAUCUAUAUGGCGUUUGAUAGUAUUGUAAAAACUUCUAAUUAUGAUUAUCGCACAUUUUCCUCUGAUCGUUUUCUUUUUUAGCAUUUCAAUGUCCCUGUAACUCUCCCUGAGCUUUAGCAUCAUAGUGACAAAAAUCUUUUAUAUUUGCCCAACUGAGCAAGAAUGAUAUUGGCAAGCAGUUUAUGAAUAUAUGGCACCUGAGGAAUAUCCUACCAAAAAGGGCCUCUUUUAAUACCUGAUUGCGAUAUUGCUGAAACAGUUUCUAUUCAAUAUAUUGUACAGCUCUAUAUUAGGACAGCUUAUUGUUAAUUUGGAAAGUAUUGUUUUGAGGGAUAUUCAACUAGGUAAGACAUUUUUCUGUUAUCAUUCUAAUGUGUGUUAUAUUGUAUCACAGGGAGCUCAACAACAUGGGAAUCUGGUAUCGUAUGGGUAAUGUGCCUCGUGCUCAGGACUCAACGCAAACACCAACAACCAACAAUAUCCAGAAUGCAAAUUCCUCCACUGCCCCAGUCCCAGCUGCUCCUAUACCCAAGCAUAUUUCCAUGACCCUGCCAGCCAGCUUCAGAGGAAAGAACACCACCAGACCAGACUAUGAGCACCAGAACUCUAAUCUUUAUGCUAUCUCAGCUAUGGAUGGAGUGCCUUUUAUGAUUUCUGAGAAGUUUGCCUGCGCCUCCUCUGAUCUGCAACAGGUGGAUCUGAUGGGCAUUACAAUCAAGUCUCUAGCUGAGAUUGAAAAAGAGUAUGAUUACAGUUUCCGCACUGAGCACAGUGCAGCGGCUCGCCUCCCUCCCAGUCCAACACGAACCUCCCUGAGCUCUGAAGCCUGAUGUUUCACUAACAAUAAAUACCAACAGGAGAGACUUGUACACAACUACUGAGUACCAGCCCACUACAGUGAAGACAACCAACCUCUCCAAGAUGGCCAUCCUGAGAAGGAAGUCAAAGUCCAGCUGGAGCCAAGCAUGUGCAGACUGAAAACACUGCAUACAACACAGAGGAGCUGGUUUUUAAACAGAGAUUAUGGAUUUGUUUUUCUGCAAAUGCAGAAGAAUCUUACUCACACGUCACCUUCAAAACAAACAUGGCUACGGUCACACUGCAGGUCUUGAUGCUCAAUUCCUACUUUUUGCAGAAAUCAGAUUGUUUUUGAGGUGGCCGUUCAUUGCCUAAGUAAUGGGGAAUAUAAUUGUUUCCAGAAAUGUUCAAUAAAGUUUCGUUAUAAAAAAAAUCCCUCGAAAAGAAAAAAAAAGCCGAUACUGGCCGGCAUCUCUCCUUGUUAUUAGAAAGCUGUUGAGUGAUGGGACCGACAACGUUAAGAUCACUUCAUUGCAAGACUAAAUAAGGUAAGAAAAUGGCAGCGCAUCUGUAAAUGGUCUUUUAUGGAGCGCUAACUACUACUGCUGUGUGUGGAUCUGUAGUGAGAGACAGGAGAGUGACAUGAAAGACGUGACUAUUCAGACUGCUGACGCUUUGAAAAAAAAAUCUGAUACCUAUCCGAAUUAUUACCACAUAUGAAAGUGUCACGGAAUUGUUCACAAUGUUUUGAAAAAACAGACGUGGGAUGCACAUGGACAAAAAGAUUGGAUUUGGGUUUUAUUUCCCUGCAGUGUGAAUGUUGCUAUGAUGAGAGCAUCCCAGGGCAGGUAAUUGUAAUGAAGGAUGUGUUUUUGUUUUUGUUCAUCUAAAAGCAGAUGUGCCCCCUUCUAACGUCCCUGCUACUGUGUUCUGAAUCAACACAUUGUGAGGCAUAUUCAAGUUCUACUUGGCUUUAUUGGAAAAAUACAUUGUUCUCUUCUUGUUACUGUAGUAUACUGGUUUAACUGUAAGUGCACUUUGUGUUUGGGACUUUUAGUGUGCUUCCUGUUUGCCUGAGAUGUGCUGGAACCACGUCUACAUCUUUUUACACGAGUCAGCAUCUUUGAUAGCUUAUGGAACCACUGUUACAGUUUGCUAACACCUAACAGCUUCCACUGCUAAAUUACAAAAACCACUAUAAAGUUUCAGCGAAGUUGGUUGAUGAAUGGUAAAAAACAAUAUAUUAUCUUUACAUAAUUUUGUAGAAUUCUUGUUUUUGUUUUAUUGGUUACAUAAUGUCCUGAAUCAGAUUCAACCUACCUGUGACAUUAUCUUAAACCACAUUUGCUGUUUAAUUGUCUAAUACCAACAGUGAAAAGAAAGACAUUUCUGGAAAAAAAAACUACAAAAAAAACUUAAGCUUAGUUGAAUUUAUGGAUCACAUAGGAGAAAAACCUGCUUUUGUGUUUUUCAGAGUACACCUUUAUAAGUUUCUGUUUACUUUGUUUUUAACCUCAAACCUUUUUUGGAAGUCAUAUUAUGUAUGGAUCAUAUCUAAUUAUAUUACAGGAAUUAUUAAUAAUAACGAAAGGUCAAACGAGUUUUCAGUCACUGCUCCCUUCUAACAAACUACUAAUGGGAUAAUUAUAGAGUAGCUUCAGUUCUAGAUGCUUUUUUUUUUUCCUUUUCAUUAUUGUUUUUUUCUAUGGUCUGCUGCUCAUUGAGAUUUUAUACAUUGUUUUUGUUUUAACUUUUGUUCCAAUUGUCUAUUUUAUAUAUUUUUUUAUACUCAAGCUUUUGGGGGCUCACAACCAGACUCAUAUGCACCAGUGAGCGUGUGAUCGGUAAAAUGUGCGCUGUAUUCUUUUUUUUUUUUCUUUUUUUUUCAUGCAUUUCAACACCUGGUAAUGCACAAAUAUCAGUAACAAUCUGACACUCUUCUAUAGUUUCAAUCACUCCAAAUGUUUAAUGCCUGUCAAAAAUAUGUUGGUAUUUGCGGUGUUUUCAAGUCAUUACCACAGAUAAACUAAUUUUGCUAUUCUUGACUGUAUAAUUUAUUAGUCGAUUUCAAUAUUGUGAUCAUGUUUUCUGUAAGGCUCUGUUCUGGUUGUUAGACCUUCAGCAUAGAAAAAUGCCCAUUGCACUGCUGAUAUGAUCACCAGGAUAAAAAAAGUAAGUCGAUGUGCUUGCUUUCAGUUAGGCUAACCCUGUAUCAUUUCUUAGAUUUAGUGUUCACUAAACAGUCUAGAGGUCAGUAAUUCCAACUAAUCCUGUUUUGAAAGUGCUUGUUGGUCUGCAUGUUGUCAUGAUGAAGUAUCAAGAUUUAGGAUAUUUUUUGGGUAAUGGUCAAAGAUUUUGUUUCAUAAAGAUUUCAUCUUUAAUUAUAAACAAUU